AUGGAUGAAAUAUCGAGAUCCGGUUACAGCCCUAUCAGAUCAUCCGUCGAAUCGGACUCAAUCGAUGAGACGGAAGACGAUUCUCUUAUGGCCAACCACCCAGAAAAGACUAAAUUUCCGUCUCGCCGCGCGUGUUUGUUGGUUCAAGUUAUCAACAUGAUUGUGUUUAUCAUUUCCGCCGUUUGUCUCGGAGUGUCUAUCAGCUACCACCAUCAACCAAAGGUACUCAACGCUGACCUGAGACGUACUUCCUCCUGGUCACCUAUUCACGACAUGAUUGAUUUGCAACCACGAAUCGCAAUGAUCAAUGGCACACUCUUCCCACCAAAAGAUCCUUCCAUCGCACGCCAACUCCCAAACUCGGACGCCGACGACAAGUGGGCCGAGUACGAACUUCUCCGCGUCAUACCCGUCCCUAGGAAAACCAUCAUCAGACUGGGGAAGAACCCAGAGACAGCUGUAAAACUCGACAACAACAUGUGGGGUCUCGGUGACGACGCCUAUGGUGUCGUCUUUGACGUCUACCACCAACUGCACUGCCUCAACAGCCUGCGCAAAAUCGCCUACGGCAGCUACUACAACGAGUCAAUGGGCCGCGCCGACAAGCUCAAGCUGCGCGAGAUUCACAUUAACCACUGCGCCGAUAUCCUGUUCCAAGCGCUCACGUGCAGCGGCAACGUCAACCUCAUGACGCUGCACUGGGUCGAGACGCAGGAGCGGCCCUGGCCCGACAUGAGCAUCAAUCGCCAGUGCAUCGACUUUGACCGCCUGACUGAUUUUAGAAAACAAGUGUCACUCGACAUGGAUAGAUAUAGGGUGACUAUGAACAAGCCGGAGGGGGUUACGGAGUUGCCAGCGCCGGACCAUUACUAUGAAUUGUUUGGGGAGAAGAAUCCCAACCACCUGCAUGGGGAGGACCCCGAAGAGGACCAUAUACUCUGA